UGUCAGGUUUACGCGGAAACGUGAGUAUCGUUGCCGGAGUUUGCCGUGUUCCUGGCCCGUCCUGCUCAAGAUGGCUGCUGCGGCCGUUGUUUGGGAUGAAGAAUGAGAUGACACUCGGUUGACGUCCGAUACAACCCCGCAAAAAUACUCCGAUACAAACCUGCAGAACCGCUCGCCAGAGCCACCACCAAGACCACCUGGACCCAAACGACACGAUUCUCCCGAUAAAGGGGCUGCGCGCGCUGUGAGAAACCGCCAAGAUGGACACCACCACUUCCAUCAAGAUGACCACGCUGGCCAUUCAGAAGCUGUUCGGCCACGUGGAGGAGGAGAACCUGACGGCGCUGCGUGACCAUCUGGACCGCUUUAAGGAAGUGGACGGACGGAGCGACAAUGGGCAGACGCCACUGAUGCUGGCCGCCGAGCAGGGGAGCCUGGAAAUUGUGCAGGAGCUCAUCCGGCGAGGAGCCAACGUCAACUUGGACGACGUGGACUGCUGGUCGGCACUGAUCUCAGCUGCCAAGGAAGGUCACGUGGAGGUGGUGAAGGAGCUCCUGGAGAACAGCGCCUACAUCGAGCAUCGCGACGUGGGAGGAUGGACGGCGCUCAUGUGGGCCUCGUACAAAGGUCGCGUGGAGGUCACCAAGGAGCUGCUGGAGCACGGCGCCAACCCCAACACCACCGGACAGUACAGCGUGUACCCCAUCAUCUGGGCGUCCGGGCGAGGUCACGCCGACGUCGUUAAACUCUUGUUGGAGAGCGGAGCCAAAGUCAACUGUUCGGAUAAGUACGGGACGACGUCUCUCAUCUGGGCGGCGAGGAAAGGCCAUUUCGAGUGCGUCACACACUUGCUGGAGAACGGCGCCGACGUCGACCAGGACGGAGCGAACUCCAUGACGGCGCUGAUCGUGGCGGUGAAGGGCGGCUUCACAGACGUGGUGAAGGAACUGCUGAAGCGCAACCCCAACGUCAACAUGACGGACAAAGAUGGCAACACGGCGCUGAUGAUGCCGCCGCUGCACAGCGGCGAUACGGUGCUGAUUGGAGCGGUGAGGGGGGGCCACGUGGAGAUUGUCAGAGCUCUGCUGCACAAGUACGCUGAUAUCGACAUUCGAGGGCAGGAGAGUAAGACGGCACUGUACUGGGCGGUGGAGAAAGGCAACGCCUCGAUGGUGCGUGACAUCCUGCAGUGCAACCCCGACACGGAGACGUGCACCAAGGAUGGCGAGACGCCUCUGAUCAAAGCCACCAAGAUGAGGAGCAUCGAGAUUGUCGAGCUGCUGCUGGAUAAAGGGGCCAAGGUGUCCGCCGUCGACAAGCGAGGAGACACGCCCCUGCACAUCGCCAUCCGGGGGCGCAGCCGCCGCCUGGCCGAGCUGCUCCUGCGGAACCCCAAAGACGGCCGCCUGCUCUACCGGCCCAACAAGGCUGGCGAGACGCCGUACAACAUCGACUGCAGCCACCAGAAGAGCAUCCUCACGCAGAUCUUCGGCGCCCGUCACCUGUCGCCCACCGAGUCGGACGGCGACAUGCUGGGCUACGACCUGUACAGCUCGGCCCUCGCCGACAUCCUGAGCGAGCCCACCAUGCAGCCCCCCAUCUGCGUGGGGCUCUACGCGCAGUGGGGCAGUGGAAAGUCCUUCCUGCUCAAGAAGCUCGAAGAUGAGAUGAAGACCUUCGCGGGCCAGCAGAUGGAGCCGCUGUUGGGCCUGUCGUGGCUGGCGGCCGUCCUGUCGCUCCUCCUGUGCGGUGCCGUGGCGCUGGGGCUGGGCUUCACGUUGGACCCCAAGCUGGCCGUGGCCGUCUCGCUCAGCCUGCUGGCGCUGCUCUACAUCUUCUUCGUGGUGGUGUACUUUGGGGGCCGGCGCGAGGGGGACAACUGGAACUGGGCGUGGCUCCUCAGCAACCGCCUGGCCCGCCACAUGGGAUACUUGGAGCUCCUCCUCAAGCUCAUGUUCGUCAACCCGCCGGAGCUCCCGGAGCAGAGCGUCCGAGCACUGCCUGUCAGGUUUCUAUUCACCGAUUACAAUCGGCUGUCAAGCGUCGGCGGCGAGACGUCGAUGGCCGAAAUGAUCGCCACGCUGUCUGACGCGUGCGAGAGGGAGUUUGGAUUCCUCGCCACUCGCCUCUUCAGGGUCUUCAAGACGGACGAAAAGCAAGGAAAGAGCAAGUGGAAGAAAACCUGUUGCGUGCCGUCCUUUGUGCUCUUCGCACUGGUGAUGGGCUGCCUGGUGAGCGGUGUGGCGCUGAUGGGCGUCUUCCGGGUGGGCGGCGACAACCGGACGGUCAACGGCGUCCUGAUGGCGCUGGGCAGCGUGGUGGGCGUGGCUGUCCUGCUCAACUGCCGCACGUGGUGGCGGGUCUCCGACUCGGUGCUCAACUCGCAGAGGAAGCGGCUCCACCGGGCCGCCAACAAGAUGCACAAGCUCAAGAGCGAAGGCUUCAUGAAGGUUCUGAAGAGCGAAGUGGAGCUGAUGGCCAAGAUGGCCAAGACCAUCGACGCUUUCACUCAGCACCAGACCAGGUUGGCGGUGGUCAUCGACAGCCUGGACUCGUGUGAGCAGGACAAAGUUCUGCAGAUGCUCGACACGGUGCGAGUCCUGUUCUCCAAGGGUCCCUUCAUCUCAAUCUUUGCCAGCGAUCCGCACAUCAUCAUCAAGGCCAUCAACCAGAACCUCAACAGCGUCCUGCGGGACUUUGUCAACGGACACGACUACAUGAGGAACAUCGUCCACCUGCCCGUCUUCCUCAACAGCAGAGGCCUAUCCUGCGCCAGGAAGAUGGGCGGCGGCGGCGCGGCCAACGCCGGCGCGCCCGCCAACGGGGACGCCGCCAACGCUGAGGGUGGAGGAUGGCACGAGGAGCUGGACAGGAAGUUGUCGCAGCACAGCUUGGGAGAAUCCACCAAGUUUGGCAGCAAGGCCACCCUCAGCCGCCGGGACACGUACCGACGACGCCAAGUCCAGCGCUCGGUGACUCGUCAGAUGUCGUUCGACUUGACCAAGUUGAUGGUGGCCGAAGACUGGUUCACAGACAUCAGCCCUCAGAGCAUGAGGAGACUCCUCAACAUCGUCUCCGUCACCGGUCGUCUGCUGCGAGCCAAUCAGAUCUCGUUCAACUGGGACCGCCUGGCCUCGUGGAUCAACUUGACCGAGCAGUGGCCCUACAGGACGUCCUGGCUCAUCCUCUUCCUGGAGGAGAGCGACGGUGUCCCCGACCAGGCCACCCUCAAGAAUAUUUACGAGAGGGUGCUGAGGAACAUCCCCACCACCAAAGACGUGGAACCGCUGCUGGAGAUCGACGGAGACGUUCGCGCCUUCGAAGUGUUUCUGUCCUCGCGGACGCCCGUCCUGACUGCCAGGGACAUUCGCACCUUCCUGCCCUGCACCGUCAACCUCGACCCCAAACUGCGCGAAAUCAUCGCCGAUGUGCGUGCGGCGCGUGAGCAGAUGAACCUGGGCGCCGUGGGCUACCCGACCCUGCAGGAGGUUCAACCCCGGCCCACCUCAAUGUACAGUCAGGUGUCGUCGGCGUGCUCGCCGUCCGUCUCCUUCAGCGGGCCGUUCAUCCCAGCGGCGGGGGCUGUGGUGCCGCCGCCGCCACCUCACAGCAGCUUCUACAGCGGCAUGGCCGGGCCCCAGCACCCCUUCUACAACAGGCCAUAUUUCCCUCACCACCACCAUCUUCACCAUCCGCCACGUCCCCUGCUGGCGGCCUACCCAUCACACUUCCUUCCCCGCAUGCUCGUUAAGAGCACGGCCCGCCGCGAGGCCCCCACAAGUGGCUCCGCCUCUGUGGCUUCGGGGAUCCCACCCACCCUCCUGAGCGCCAUGACGACAGAUGGCGUCUGCGAGCACGUCAGACAGAUCCGGGGCAUCGACCAGGGCAUGUUGGCCGCCUACACUGCGACCAUCCGGAAGGCCAACGUGAACGGACGAGUCCUGUCGCAGUGCAACGUGGACGAACUGAAGAAGGAAAUGAACAUGAACUUCGGAGACUGGCAGCUCUUCCGAGCCAGCGUGCUGGAACUGCGACAGGUGGAGUACGAGGAGGCCGCCAGUGAGCAAGGCGGCCUCGCCGGUGACCACCCAGAGACGGGUCGGCGGGCCGCAGCGGCGUCUCGGACCGGCCACGCCCCCAGCGACGUGUCCCCCAUGUACAGCUUCACUCUGAGCUUCGACGAUCUCAGCACUAUCGGCCUGGACGAGCAGCAGCCCCCCAGACACGGUGGCCCGCAAUGGAUGGGCCCCCCGCAGCGGACCGGCAGCAUCACCAGCCUCAACUCGCAGGAAUGCAGCAAUGACAUUGCCAAACUGACGGAUAAGCAGCAGGCUGAGUACCGAUGCGCUUACCAGGAGUACAUCGCGCAGAUGGCCCAGUUGGAGGGUGCCUCCGGCGAUAGACCGGUCCAGCUUCAGCCGGGACUCUUUAUGACAGCGCCUCCGGACCAGGGUGCCAAAGAUGGCGUGGAGCAAGACGGACGCAAGGCCUUGGUGAGCAAGAGGGGUGGCGGCAGCGGCAAAGCGGUGUCUGACAACGGCGAUGGCGGCGAAGCACUGGAUCCUAUCACCGAAGAAGACGAGAAGGGAGACCACGGGUCAUCCAAGUCCCUGCUGGUUCGCAAGACCUCGGCGGACCGCGGUGGCCUUUUCCCUGGCUCCAAGGCGGGCGGCGGCGGUCUGCGCUACCAGAAGCUAACCAGCGAUGACGACGAGUCUGAAGAGUCCGACUCCCUACUGCUGAAAGACGGCAAGGCGGCGGUGGCAGAGGCCAAAGCGGGAGGCUGCUCCCUGGCCCUGAAGGGGAAGGACUACCUGUCGGACGCCACCUUGGACAAGAAGGACUCGUCCGACUCGGGUGUGCGGUCCAACGAGAGCUCGCCCAACCACUCGCUGCAGGACGAGGAGGCCGACCUGUCGCAGGCGGAGCGCGCCGACUUGAUCCAGCUGAACGAAGAAGGUGCUGCCCGCAAGCAAGGCGCCCCCGCCGUCCUGCGGGAUGCCACCGAGAACCGCAUGUCCAUCUGCAGUCCCGAGGAGGCCUGGCCUGCCUCGCAGACCUGGAACCUGAACCGCACGCCCGGCAGCGUCACGCUCAACAACAACACCACCAACGGCCAGCAGGACGAGCAGCCCAGCCAGACGCCCCGCACCGCACCCGCUAGCGACACCAUCAUCCCACCCGCGUCCACCAUAACCACCACCACCGCCGGAGCCACCCGGCCCGGCCCCGACAACGAAAACGUGCGAGUGGUCCACCUGAAGAGGAGCCUGAAGCCGGGAGACCCUCCCGAGGUCUGCACCAUGACGGCUGACGCCGUCGCCUUUGGGGAGGAACGCGAAAGCAUCCUGUGAUUCGUCGCAAGCCCGCCACAUCUCGUCACUUGUGAUUCAUUUUGCAAAGUUGGAAACUUAUUAUGGGAAGAAAGCAAGAAUUUGGAAAAAAAAAUGAUGGUUGCCUCAGAAUAAGGCGAUGAUGAACCGGGCCUGACCUCAAAUACUGAAAAUGAUUGAUGCUCCUAAUAAUUGCCAGGAGAAUUUGUAAUUUGAGCAAGCGAUACUUGAACGCAAAAGCGUUCCAUUCGAUUACCCCCAACUCUUUUCAUGGUGAGUUUCCACUUCGAACUUUCCCAGCUGAACCUCGUGAUUGCUGUUUGUGUUUGUAGCUGUCGUUUAAGUUGUCGUGAUGGCAAAUCUCGAUGUUGUUGAGCUCAGCGGUCCCUGAUCACCAGGCCCGGUCCGUCCGUCUGUCGUGUAUUUGGUACCGUGCCACACACACGGUUUGGCAAAAACACUUGAUUGAACGUCACUCUCAAAAGUUUUAUUGUGAAAAUGAUCUGGGCUCGUUCUGACUUGAUCACGUUGACAAACAUUUUUCUUCAAUUUUAUUCUUGACUUAAAAAAUAUAGCACGCAAAAAGUUGGGGACCGCUGAUUUAGAUGUUUCAUCCAAUACGAUGUUUGGGAAAAAAAUGAAACU